AUGGGAUCUCCAAGCAUAAUCAAGUCUCCUAUAUUCAACGUCGUAUUCCUAUUGGUCUCGAUGCAGAUGGCCAAGAGAAUCAACUGGGAUGAUCCCAACACCUUGUUGUAUGCUCGUAUUGGCUAUUACGGUGCUCAAGUCCUCGUUAUUGGUAUGGCGUAUAUGCUCAUUGGUCUUAUCAAGAAGCGUAAUGAUAGAACACCCUUGCGAUAUGUGCCCCAAGCAUCGAUGUCUAAUCCUCAACCAAGUGAGAGUGAGAGCGUGACAACCACCAAUGUGGAAUAUGAUGUCUCCCAACUUCAACAAUUCAUCAAGCAAACUGGAACUUCUAUUUUGAUGAUCUCGGCUAUGCACUGGUACUUUAACUUUACCCAACCCUUGGUGUUGCAAUCCGUCAUGCCUAUCAAGAACCUGUUGACCCACAAGGUGGCUCUCAUUCAUCUUUGGGGUGAUGCACCCGUUGGAGAUUUGAAGCGUCCUUUCAAGGUGGAGAGUCCAUUUGCUGCUUUGCUCGGCGGUGGCAGCAGUGGCAGUGAAUCAUCUACAGAGACAACAGCUGCAGCAGAUGAUGGUCAUGCCAAGAAGGAAUAA